AUGGGCUCCGAGAUCUGCGAGAUGCUGCAUAUCUGGAAGGCCUCGGGAGAGGAGUUGGCUGCGGUGAAGCUGGAGGAUUUCCGGGAGGUCCGAGACUUGAAGAGACACCUGCAGGGCCUCUGCGGGCUGCCGCGAUUCAGGCAGAGGCUCGUGUCAAAGAGUCUGGGGAUCCUCGAAGAUGACGACACCCUGGAUUCGCCGAUGGACCUGCAGCAGCUUGACUUCAUGACAUCGAUGAGGGUGGCGGUGGUCUGGUUAUUUCUGUUGCAGGCAUCGUAG